UUAAAAAAAAAAAUAUAUUAGUAUAUUUUGAUUUAGUUUAAUACAAAAUAUGAAUUAUUUUGUUUAUAAGUAAAGUACCAAUUAUUAAUUUAAAGUACCGUGUUCUAUAAAACUUCAAAAUUUAAUUAGCAUGCAAUUAUAACUCAAAACAAAAAUAAUAAUAAUAAUAAUAACUAAGUAAUAUAUCUAGUCGACUUUGAGAGUCUAUCAAACAGUUUCCAAAUUAUUUUCAUAGUCCAUCACCAACUUUUUUUUAACCGAAAAGGCGAGAACACGGUCCCAUGAGAUGUGUCAUCGUGUAUUAGUUUUUAUUAUCCGACGGUUUUAAUAUUAUAAGUUAUAUGAACGAUUUUAUUGAUGAACUAUUAUGGUAAACUAUUUUGAUAAAACCCAAUCACAUACGUCUUUUUAUUUAAACACCGUACACGGGUAUGGAAAAAAUCGCAAAUUUUCCGGUGGACACUACAUCGCGCAACAUUGGAUAAUAUUAUAAUAUUAUUAUACUAUAUGGUGUUUUGGCGGUCGAUUCUUCCACACACGCUUCCUCUUCACUCGCCCAUCUUGAGACGACAGUCGAAAAUUGCUCGGCGGCCACGCGGGAGAGGGGACCCUCCUCAAAACUGUCUUUAUAGAUCAACCGAUUUCGUACGGUGAACGCGCGUGGGCUGCCGGGCAUUCUGCUAAAUAUAAAUUUGGAUUUCGUCCAGGUAAGACGGCACGGCGCAUCGGCGAGUCUGCCAAGUGGCGCGGAUAAUAUUCAAAUAAAACACAUAUUAUGAUACGAUAUUAAAAUAUUAGGUACGUACGCCGCCGUGCCUCUGAGUUCGCGCAGUCAUACGUCACACGCGGUCGUUUGUCGUCGCGGUCGCCGUGCCGUAAUGUUAUUAUUGUUUUGCGGAUUUCUGCGUUCAAUCGGAACGAAAUAAUAAUAAUAAUAAUAAAACAAUAAAAAAAAGCACACGGCCCGUGUCUGUAAUAAUACGAGAAUAAUAUUCUAAAAAAAUCGAAACACGAAAACCGCGAACGAGCAAUAUUAUUUAUAAAAACGUCACUGCGAUAAUAAAACAUUGUAUACGACGUAUAAACGUUGCACGGUGUUAGCCGAGUGUCAUCGUCGUACAAAGUGUAGCGUAUAGUAGGUGUACGAUCGUCCGGGUAAACUUCGAGUGCUGUGGGUGCGUCGAAUUUCGAUCGGGGGCGACGGAGGCGGUAAAUUUAUUUUUCCUUCUCCCGAACGAGGAGAUACCCGCGAGAUCGGCGUCGGUUUCGAGCUGGCGACCUGCACAUCUGCCCACGCGACGAUUAUAAUACCAUAGAAUGUUAUAUUGUACACCGUCGACAGCAUUGCCGUCUCAAAAGCACAAAACAUUACAACUAUAAGCGCGACAUUAUAACCUAACCUCGCAGUAGAUAGCCGUACGCGGGACAUCGCGCGUAGUAUUUCGUCGUCGACAACCAUCAUGUCUUGGUUUUUUUCGGCCGACGAUGACGAGGAGGACGAAAACUUGCUCUUUAGCCCCGCGCUCAUGGCCCGGAGGGCCAGUGAGAGUUGGAUCGAUACGCCGCCAAUGCAGGAGAUUCCGGUCCAAAUGGCACUGCAGCGCAAAAAGAGUCUGCCGGACGUCCAAGUGCCGUUGAACGCUCCGGCAUCCAUCACCCGGGAAGAGGUGUCCGUGUUGAGUUCAGCCAGGAGGGAAGAGAUGCGUAGGAUAGAAGAAGAAAACGAACGGCUCAGAGCCAACCCACUGCUCUACCUUGUCAGUCCGCACAUGAAGGAUUGGUUCACGAGGCAACAGUUGGUGUUGGUGAUAUUGAUCGUCAAUAUAACGUUGGCGCUGAUGUUUUUCAAACUUCUGACGUCCUAGACGCAGCGCCGGUGGUGGACGGCUUGGACACUUCCGCAAGGCCAUAUGCGAAAAUAGAAAACAAAAUAUACAUUUAUUAUAUUUUUUCAAACAAGAUAUAUGUCGUGUUAAUUCGACGGUGACAAAUCAAUGUCAUUGCGCGUCAACAUUAAUUAUUUUAUUUUUAUAACGACCGUUUCGGGACGAGACGGUUCGGAGCGGCACCGGACGUCUCGUCCGGAAAACGUAUCCGAUGCGUUUAUUUAUUCGUUUCAAUCACUUUUUGGCAAUGUUAUAAACUAUAAAUUAUAAUAUAUAUAUAUAUAUAUACAUACGUAUAUAUAUAUUUUUCAUCUUUAACACCACGUUUGUUGUACGGCGUUAUUUCCCAAUAAAUCGAUUUAUUAUUAUUAUUAUUAUAAUUAUUAUUAAUUUUUAAACACGUAGUGACACGAUGUUAAGUCGAACGAUUCGACGACGGUGUCUUAUAUAAUACUGUAUAAGGCCCAAGUCGACAACGAUUUGGCUUUUAUUUCGGUAAAAUAUUAUAUUAUUUUGUUAGUGAAUAUAGUGCAUUUGAUUUUUUUUUCGUUCUCUCUAGAUGUUGUUGUUGUUUUUUUUUUUCGUUUCCCGCAUACAUAUUAUACGAUGACCAAAUAUAUAGCCAAUUAUCAUUAUAAUUAUCGUUAUUAUUAUUAUUAUUAUUUUUAUCAUUAUUAUAUUAGUGUACGAAACGCAAAACAGAGUCAAUAAUUUUUAUAGUAAUAUAUUUUAUCACAUCACAAUAUUAUUUUGUAAUUAUAUAAUUAUGAUAAAUAAUAUAAUGUAGCCAAAUACUGAUAACAAAAUAUUACACAAACACAAACACACACACAUACACACACACAGACACAAACACACACACACACAAACACACACACUAUUUUACUAUCCUGGCUAAGCAUCUGUAGGCUUUAUUGUUGUUGUAUGUUCUAUAUAUAUAUUAUUAUAUUGUACGUAUUACCGCAUUAUUUGUUUCUUAUGUUUCACGGACCAGGAUUAAGAAAAUAAAUAAAUUAAAAUUGAAGAAGAAGAAUAAGAAGCAAAAUAACUUCUCCGGAACGCUGAUUCAGUGUUAUAUUGUUAUAUUUUAAUAAUAUUAUAUUAUCAUGUUUUGUGUGUGCACGCAAUAAAUAAAACGCCACACCGACUACAGA